GCGACGCCGUUCGAGUUGGUGUACGGACGUAAAAUUGCCGACGAUCGUAAGUUGCUCGAUGGGAAGCGCUGUGAAUGAUGAGGUCGAUCGAGAGUUGGUCGAGCGCGACUUGAUGUUGCGCGAGCUAAAGCGGACGUUGGAGGGCUCGAUCAAUAGGAUGAAGACGUACCAUGAUGGCAAGCGGCGUGACGUGGAGUUCGAGCCCGGGGACUGGGUGUACUUGAAGUUGAGGCCGUUUCGACAAAGGACGGCCGCGCAAAGGGCUGCGACCAAGCUCGGA